AUGUCGGAGAUCGAUACCACGAAGUUCGCUUUCGACUUCAAGGGAGACAUCAUCACCCCUGGCCACCCCGCAUAUACGACGGCCAUCUCUCGCCGGGCUCAGAACGCAGCACGCAAGGCUAAGGUUGUUGCGUUCGUCAAGGACAACCAGGACGUUGUUCACGCGUUGAAGUUCGCCCAAGAGAACAAGCUUCCUAUCGCUGUUCGUGGGGGUGGCCACAACGCCGCUGGGGCAUCUUCGAUAGAAGGCGGUUUUGUCAUCUACCUUUCUCGUUAUCUAAACGGGGCGAGAGUCGAUACUUCUAAGAAACUCGCCUACGUUGGUGGAGGUGCGGUAUGGGAAGCCGUCGACAAAGCGGCCAUUAAGCACGGGCUGGCCACCGUCGGAGGCACUGUGAACCACACCGGCGUCGGAGGAUUGGUCCUCGGAGGAGGCUAUGGAUGGUUGACCGCAUCCUACGGCCUUGCCACUGACAACCUCAUCCAGGUGACCAUUGUAACCGCCGAUGGCUCAAUCCUCACGGUCAAUGAAACCGAGAACCCCGACCUCUACUUCGCCGUUCGGGGUGGAGGCGGUAACUUUGGCGUCGUGACCGAAUUUGUUCUGCGGCUGCAUCCACAGCGGCCGACUGUGUACUCCGGCAUUGUCGUCUACCCUGCCAAAGCAGCUGAGAAGUUGCAUGAAGCAAGCGAGAAGUGGUGGAAGCAGGCAGCUGACGAUGAGAGCAUGUUAAAGAUUGUAACGGUUGAUCCAGAUGGCAAGGCUAUCAUUGCCGUUCUUCCUUUCUACAACGGCAUCGAAGCCGAAGGAAGGGAAAGGUUUAAGGGGAUUAUUGAAGCUGGUUUGGUCAAGGACAUGUCGAAAGAAAUCCCAUACGAAGAACUCAACAGCCUUCAGAAUCCUUUGGCGAAACAUGGAAGCGGUGUCUACAUGAAGGGAGUUGCCCUCAGACGCGUGCACCUCCCCUCUUUCGUCAAAGCCCACAAACGCCUGGCCGAGAUCAUCAGUGGUGGCGUCUUUAGAGGCGCUAUCACCUAUGAGUUCUUUGGUCUGAAGAAGGUGAACGCCGUGCCCAUAGAUGCCACCGCAUUCAGACGGGAGAUGGCGGGAAACGUCCUCAUUAAUAUCCUCUGGGAUGUCUCGCAGGACCGGACCGAGGAAGCGCGAAAGCUAACGCAUGAGCUUUGUGCCAUCGUUCUCGAGGGUCAGCAAGGGAUAUCAGAGUCGGAGAGCUUGGGGUACAGUAACUACGAUCACGACACGGCGAUUAGUGACAAGGCUAAACUUGUGUUCGGAGCGAAUUACCCUCGCCUUCAGGGUAUCAAGAAGCGUUACGACCCGGAUAACGUCUUCGACCGGUGGUUCCCUAUUACACCUGCUUAG